AUAAAUCGGCCGUCUCUUGAUGUGAUUUUCUAUAUAAUCACAUCCCCACCUCUAUAAAUGUGAGUUGGAGUUGGUAUCUAGGUUGAGAAAGGCAAGAGCAAGGAAAGCUAGUUUGUACUAUAGCCAUGGAUGUUGGCCUACUUGGCCUUCUGCAACUUUCAAUUGAAUCCCAACCUGUGCUUCUUGCUGCUGUACCAGCAAUUGUUGGAAUCCUUUUUGGCGGGUAUUACAUGUUCAAAACAUUCUCCUUCCAUGGGAAAAGGCUCCCUCCUGGUUCAUUAGGACUGCCACUGUUCGGCGAGUCUAUAAGCUUCCUAAAGGCCCAGAAGCAUGAUAAGACUCAGGAAUGGGUGGAAACUCGGAUCAGAAGCUAUGGACCAAUCUUUAAGACUUCCCUCAUGGGGAAACCAACAGUUGUUAUUACUGGUACAGCAGGUAACCGUUUCAUCUUCAGUGAUAAUGAUAACGCCAUCAUGAGCAACCAACCAAGCACGGUCAGCUCUAUCAUGGGCAAGUACAACACUUUUGAACUCACUGGACAUAAUCACAAGCUACUUAGAAGUGCCAUGGCCAGCUUCCUCAAGCCAGAGAGCCUCCAGAGGUACGUUAGAGAUAUGGACUCUCUUAUAAAGCAACAAAUAUUCCAGGAGUUCAAUGGAAAGGAAUCUGUGAUGAUUGUCCCGUUUAUGAAGAGGAUCACUUUCAACGUGGCAUGUGCUCUGCUAUUCAGACUACCAUAUGGGAAGGAGCUGGACUCAUUGUUCGAAGACUUAACAAUUGCUCUAAAAGGGAUGUGGAGUUUGCAUUUAAACUUUCCGACAACCUCAUUUUAUCGAGCAAUGGCAGCUAGAAGACGAAUCUUUGAGUAUUUCUCAAAGUUAAUUGAGGAAAGGAGGAAGCUGUCAGAAGGAAAUGCCAGCUCUGAGAAUGAUGCGAUCUCCUCACUUCUUAACUUGAGAGAUGAGAAUGGCGAGGAACUUUCUGAAGAUAUGCUAGUGGAUAACAUCAUGACUCUGAUUAUUGGCAGCCAUGAUACAUCUACCAUCCUUCUGACUCAAUUUGUGAGGCACCUUGCCAGGGACAAAAUGUUCUACGAUUACAUAUUGGAAGAAGAAAAGAAAAUUCUUCGAGAGAAGGAAGGAACUGAUGAAAGGCUGACAUGGAAUGACAUACAGAAGAUGAAGUAUACAUGGAGAGUAGCCCAAGAGUUGAUGAGGAUUACUCCUCCAGUAUUUGGCAAUUUCAAGAGAGCAAUCACUGAUACAUCUUUUGGUGGCUUUCACAUACCUAAAGGAUGGCAGGUAUUUUGGGUGUCGAGCGGCACUCACAUGGAUGAGCAUAUUUUCCCUCAGCCAGAGAAGUUCGAUCCAUCUCGCUUUGAACCAACUUCAAAGUCGUAUCCUCCAUACUCUUACAUCCCUUUUGGAGGAGGGCCGCAUGUUUGCCCCGGCAGCGAGUUUGCCCGAAUGGAGGUGUUGCUCAUCGUGCAUCACUUGGUCACAAACUAUGAGUGGUCAGAGGUGAUUCCUAAUGAGCCGAUUUCAAGAGACCCUCUGCCUUAUCCAGCAAUGGGCCUUCCAAUCAAGCUAUAUGUUAAGAGCAAGGAAGAAAUUUGUACCUGAGUUUCUCCCUUUCACUGGAAAUUAUGAAAUCCAUGGUUGUAGUUCUUCCUUGGAAGUUCUCUCUCUCUUUUUUUCCUCCUCUUCUUAACUCUUCAGAUCAACUGGUCGGUCUGUUAGAUUUCAUACUUGUGCUUUUUACAGCAGUGUUCACGAAAGCAUAGUGAAAAUUGCAGAAAACAUUACUAAUGUGGCGUGCUGCCCAUUGGUCUCUGUUUUGCUCAAAAAAAAAAUGCAGAAAAGAUUUUUAUUUGCUAA